AUGGGCAGGCUGAGAUCUCCAACAGGGAGAUUAAGAGGAUUUUGCAGUAAUAGGUUGGACGAUGCUCUUUGGGUGCACAGGACUACCUACAAAGCACCCAUUGGGAUGUCUCCCUAUCGGGUUGUCUUUGGAAAGGCAUGUCAUUUACCAGUUGAGAUUGAGCAUCGGGCAUAUUGGGCUGUGAAGACUUGCAACUUCUCCAAUGACCAAGCUGGAGAGGAAAGGAAGUUGCAACUAAAUGAAUUGGAUCAGAUCCGAUUGGAGGCCUAUAAGAACUCGAAGUUCUACAAGGAAAGGACCAAAAGGUUCCAUGAUAGCUCCAUUGUUAGAAAGGACAUCGAGGUUGGCCAACAGGUUUUGUUGUAUAACUCUAGACUCGGCCUCAUGGGUGGUAAGUUGAGAUCAAAGUGGACUGGACCUUUUGUUGUGACUAAUGUUUAUCCUUAUGGUGCAGUAGAGAUCCAAGGUCCAUCUGCAGCUAAAAGCUUCAAGGUGAACGGGCAUAGACUGAAGCCUUUCCUCAGCAAUCCUUCUUUGUUGGAUGCAGUGGUGGAGGAGACGUCUUUGGUCCACCCCACCUACCCUCCCAUCUGA